AUGCGCGAAAAUACUGAUCUUCUGAAGGAAUACGAUAAAUUCUUAAAAGAUCGGCUCAAACGAGGGAUUAUCAAGGUUACUGGAAGAACCAAUGGAACGUUGGUUCACUGUGUGCCUCACCAAGCAGCUCUCACGUCGAAGAAACGAAAAACGAAAUUUUGGGUCGUGUUUGACGUCAGUGCGAAGUUGGCGGUAGGAACAAGUCUAAACAAAGCGUUCUACCAAGGCCCGGUGGACAAUCUAUUAAUUGGUAUAGAAAAUGAAGACGUCAAGCAAAAAAUAUACAAAGAGGCUAAGCGCAUGUUCAAAGCUGCGUUUAUAAACCUAAGAAGCUUCUCUCUGAACGAUCCAGAGAUCAUGAGUAAAAUACCGAAAUCGGAUCAGAAGAUUGUAGUGGAACAUUCACUUCUGAUGCUUAUCUGGAACAGGAAAAAUGAAACUCUAUGUAUGCAGUUGAAAGCGUUCGAGGGAAGCACGAAGCGGGAACUGGCACAAUUUAUUGCCAGUCAUUUCGACCUGUUGGGUUUAUUAUCCCCAAUAUUUCUUCCCUGA